ACACGAAACAUUCACAACACUAUUGCAGCCACACACACAAGCUCUCACAAUUUACGCAAACAUGACCGACACAAUUGAAGACGUCCAGAUGGACACACUAGAAAUCGAGCAAGCCACUCCGUUGUCCAACGUCUUCAUGGCGCCGUCAAUCCACAAGCCUGACAUCCUCGCGGGAAAGUCGUAUUCGCAUUUCUCGCCCAUACCGCAACAAAUCGCAGACGACAUGUCGACAGAAUGCGUGCUGGGUGUCGACGAAGCCGGUCGCGGCCCCGUACUCGGCCCCAUGGUCUACGCCCUCUUCUACCUCCCCAUCGACCAGCACCACUCGCUCCUCGCGCAAACCCACCACUUCGACGACUCCAAAGUGCUCACCCCCGAGGUCCGCUCCUCCCUCAUGCGCACCCUCUGCACGCCCGGCACCGACCUCCACGCAUCCGGCGGCUGGGCCACGCGCUCCCUCUCCGCCCAAGACAUCUCCGCACACAUGCUCUCGCCCGCCGUGUACAACCUCAACGCACAAGCCAUGGACGCGACCAUCGACCUCAUCACAGAAGUCCUCGCCCGCGGCGUCAACGUAAAGGAAAUCUACAUCGACACCAUCGGCAGGCCUGAAACCUACCAGAAGAGGCUCGAGCGCAUAUGGCCCACCAUCCACAUCACCGUCGCCAAGAAGGCGGAUAGCUUGUACCCUGUCGUCAGCGCGGCGAGUGUGUGCGCAAAGGUCACGAGGGAUGCUGCCCUCGAUGUCUGCUUCGAACCGUACCACGUCCCAAACCCCGACGCACAUGACGAUGCUGAGGUUAAGGUUGCGUGGGGCUCGGGCUACCCGUCCGAUGCGCGCACUACCACGUGGCUGAAGGCGAACAUGGACCCGCUGUUUGGCUGGGGGAACGAGUGCCGCUUCUCGUGGGGCACGGCGAAGGAGCUACUCGAAGUUAAGAACGCGCAGGUUGGCGUCGACUGGCCUGUUGAGGAAGACGGGGAUGAUAUGCGCAUGACGGACUUUUUCUCCGGCAGGGAUGAGACCAAGGGCGAUGAGCUGGUGGAGUGGUUUGGUAAGCGCGUUACGACGGAGAUGGACGUCUUUUGAUCGACGAUGCUCUUCCUCGUGUGGGUGAUGGAAGGGGAGUUUACGGAGGAAGCAUUGCAUGGCCUGAGCAAGGGAGGAUAUGUGCUGUGUGAUGGGGAUCGCAACUCGACCACCCGCCUACGAGGAAUGCACGGCUCCCGCGUCUUUUGCCGCUCAGUUCAUGAUAGGCCACGUCUAUGGUCGUCGGACAUUUCGCAUCUGCAGCUAUGAUUCAGCCGCACGAACGUCGGGCGCCAUCCCACUGAAGUAUACCACCAAGCGGCGACCACCCAACUACGUCCCUCCGUCUUGCGUCAUAGCCAUACAAGCCAUUUGCUACGAGAACGGGCAGGGGAGGGAAAGAGCAGACUCCUCGCUCCGUCGGCACCCACAUACCUUACUGUGCACCUUGCAAACGGCGGAGUAGAAGUAGAAGUAGAAGUAGAAAGAACGGAACAUCUAUUCAUCCAU